UUGAAAAAUGAGUACAUUACGAAGAUCUCCAAAAAAACACCUUCGCCCAGGUGCUUUAUGCAAUUUUGUGCCAAAAGCGAAAAGCAUCAUUGAAGACUCAAGCUGAUUAUGACGAUAUGUUGCUUGGAAGCCCUGUUUUAAAGAAAAAGAGUGCUCUUCGUAGGUUUUCUGCACCUGUUAGAGUUGUAAUUGACUCACCACCUGCUCUUAGUACUAGAGCAGCAACUCGUCAAAUGGUCUAUAAUAUAGAGCCAGAUCCAAAUGAUGAUGUAGAAGACAUGGAGAUGUCACUUGGAAGUUCAAAAACUAGAAGAUCUCUUAAUUAUGAAGUAGAUAUGGUAGUUGAUAGUGUUUGUGAAAAGGGAGUAAGGGAGGAACAUGAAGAGAUAGCUGAUGAGGAAAGGGUUGGUGCAGAAUUUGAAGAAGGGGCUGCUGCACAAUGUGAAGAAGUGGCUGAGAUAGAACUUGACAACCUCUUAGAAAAUCUGUUAGAUUACAAAAAACAACUGAUGAGGCAAAUCAAACUGAGAUUGAAGAAAUACCUCAAGAUGUAGAUGCGAAUGUAAUGAACUUAGCCAAGAAGACAAGGGGAAAAACUCUAUUGGCAAAUCUUACCAAGAGGAACUAUGACUUAAGGAUAAUAAGCUGGAAUGAAAAAGGGCAACCAGUUGGUACUAACUCAGUGCAAUUUUCUUCUUUUGUGGGCGCUCUUGUGCGAGAGGUUGUUCCUUACACUAUUUCAGAUUGGAGGAAAGUUUCACCAAUUAUGAGAGAUGUUCUUUGGGCAUCUAUUCAGGCACAAUAUGACUUACAUGAUGAUUGGCAAAAAAAGAUGUGCUUUGAAAUGAUGGAAGAACUAUGGAGAGCUGGGAAAUCUAGACUUGUAAAGGAUAUUAUCAAUGCAAAAAAUGAGAGUGAACGACUAGCCUUAAAGCCGGAUUGCAUAAAAAGUGAUGUAGAAUGGAGAGCAUUUGUUGCCAAAAAAAUUAGUAAAGAAC